AUGGGUGAUUACGAUCAACGAUACCAGCAAGGCCUUUACCUUUCUCCCAACCAACAAGAUCUCCUGCUCGCUGCUCUUUCUUCCAACAACCCCAGCCGGAAGCUUCAAAGUGGAUCUCCGCAAGUCAAGCCUUCUCAGAGCCCCGACGAAAUCUCCUCAAACGGCCUCAGCGGCCCUCCGUCGGGUGGGUUUGACAAUUCCCAUGCCAACAAUUUCGGGUUUGGGGAUGACGAAAGCCCCUUCUUGGAUUUUCCCACCGAGGUUGACUUCGAUUUCCCCGGUUCCGCUGACUUGAUCGGUGACCUACCGGGGUCGGUGGAUUAUGAAUAUGAUACCGGCGCCAAACGAAAGUCCCUUGAUGGAAAGUCGGAAAUUGACGGAGAGGAGAGCGGAAAGAAGCGUAGGGAAAGCGAGGCCAAGAAGCCUGGCAGGAAGCCACUGACUUCAGAGCCUACUACGAAGCGCAAGGCUCAAAACCGGGCUGCCCAGCGAGCCUUCCGCGAACGCAAGGAGAAGCACUUGAAAGACCUGGAGGAUUCGGUGGAAAGGCUGCAGAAGACGUCCGACAUGACAAACCAGGAGAAUGGCUUGCUGCGUGCCCAGGUAGAGCGGUUGCAGGUGGAGCUCCGUGAGUACCGAAAGCGCCUUUCCUGGAUGGCCUCCGGAUCAGGAAACGGCAUAUCGGCUAUGAGCUCGAAUUCCAUUCCAAAUGCCCAUUCCAAGGGAGCAUAUGGCCUCCAAAACAAUGAUUUCCUCUUCGAUUUUCCCAAGUUUGGCGAUCUGCCUGGUGGUCAUCUCUUCAACGGAAAAUCUAACAAGAAUAGCCAAUCCAAGUCCAAUGACAUACCUCAGGCCCCUGGUGUCUUGGGUCGCGACAGUCUGACCAGUCCUUCGUCUCGGUCAAACUCUCUCGCACAUUCGAACAAAUCGAAGUAUGACGGAACUCCUCACAGUGCUACUUCCACUAAAGCACCCUACUCUGGCUUCAAGUCUUCCAUAAAUGAUAACUCUACCUCGGAGAAUUCCCCGUCGUCUUCGUGUGACUCGCAUCAGAGCCAGAUGCCCUCGUCAAAUGGAACCUCGCCAGAACCAAGUCUGAACUCCCCAGAUGGGCAACACCGCGAGCUGGGGCCAGGUGACUCGUGUGGCGGACAUGUCACCACUGAUGGCGAGAAAUCCUUCUGUGCACAGCUUGGUAUGGCAUGCGGCAACAUCAAAAAUCCCAUCCCAGCGGUCCGGGAUAACAGAUCCAAGUCCAUCAGUGUUUCAAGCACCCAGCCAACCCCAAUUGAUGGCCAAGCCGAGGGUGAAGGUUAUCAAGAUCUUGGAAUUGAUUGGAUGGCUCAUCAGAAUGGUGGCCAGUUCGACCCGGUGCUCUUUGGUGACUGGCGAGAGCCCCAGGAUGCUGUCUUAUCUCAGGAUUUCGGGUCUUUCUUCAAUGAAGCAUUUCCUCUGCCGGACCUGGGUAGUCCAUCCCAUAACUUAUCCGAGGUGGCCACUGGUGUGGCCCCAUCCAAGAAGAACCUAGUUGCUCAGAUUGAUAGCAAGCUCGAUGAAGAUGAGGUUGUCCCAGGCGAAAACCACUCACAGAUGCUGUCGUGUACGAAAAUCUGGUACGUCCCGGCUCAUAUAAGUCUUGAUCAAUCUACAUUCCACAUUACUGACCUCGGCUCUUUUUUCCUCUCUAGGGAUCGUCUUCAAUCUAUGGAAAGAUUCCGCAACGGCGAGAUCGACGUUGACAAUCUAUGCUCCGAGCUUCGCACCAAGGCACGAUGUUCUGAGAGUGGUGUAGUCGUGAACCAGAAUGACGUUGACGACAUUAUGGGACGAGCCAAGUAG